CGCACAUAUUAAUGUUUAUUCAAAAAUUUAUGUAUAUCGAGCAUUCCUAAGUACAACUAUGAAUAUAAAAAAAUAUUUAGUCUUGUUUGGACUUAGCAUAGAUAAAACCGCUUAAAAAAUUUACAAUGGAAAUUACUUUGGCCUUAUUAAAACCGCACGUGGUUCGUAACACAUACGCGAUGCAGCAGUUAAAGGACUUAAUUGGCAAUAAUUUUAAUAUCUUAGCAGCUAAGGAGCUACGUAUAACAAAAGAACUUUCAGAGUGCUUUUACGCGGACCACAAGGACAAAUUUUUUUAUCAUCGACUUACUACCUUUAUGCAGAGCGGUCCCUGCUACGCAAUAAUACUGCAAUCUGAGUUAUGCAUACAAAAAUGGCGUCGACUAAUGGGUCCCACCAAGGUGUUUAAUGCAGUAUAUAACGAACCGGAGUGCAUACGCGCUCUCUAUGGACUCUCAGACACUCGCAAUGCCUGCCAUGGAUCAGAUAGCGCAGUCUCUGCGCGGCGAGAGAUUGCAAUGCUAUUUCCGGAGUUCGAUGUAGGUCAAGUCCGUAUUGAUGCCAAUUAAGCUUACAAUAAAAGGAAAGUCACAAUCCAAAACAAUUAAUAACUUCAUAUAAAUAAUGCAAAUUGAAUAUCACACUUUUAAUAAUACUUAAUUGAUUGCAAACA